AUGUCUUCCAAAAGGAAAGGCAGAUCUAGUGCAGCAUCUCAAUCUUCUAAUCAGUCACCUGAAGAGAAAAGAGGCAAAAAUAGUGAAACGAACGAGGUGUUUGAAGCUCUGGAGAUGGCGGAGGACGUCGGUCUGAAACUGCAGCGUGUGCUGGAUAAAUUAGAAAAACUCGGUAAGAUAGAAGCGCAUCUUAGCGAGGUCUCUGCCAGUCUUGCUAGCAUUGAGGAGAAAGUAUCUCGUUUAGAUGAAGUUGUACAAGACCUGAAACAAAAACAAACAGAGUGGAAAAGAAAGAGUCCGAAUUGGAAGAAAGUAUUCAGUUCAACGAAGACGACAUUUCAGACCUAAAGAAAGAGUCAAAGGAGUCAAAGUUUGAAAUAAAUGAUCUUCGCAAGCAGUUAUUG